AUGUAUGCUAUGCUGAAGGCUUCUGGCUAUUAUACAACUCAGAUGAUCCACUCAGAGAAAUGUGGAGAAUCUUCAAUAAUGAAGGAGACAGUGGAGAAAGCUGUGCUGUUGCGUGGCCAUGAAAAUGGUUUAUCACAUGUUCCAUCUCUGGUCCUGCAUGAGCUGAGUUUGUUCUAUAAGAGAGAUGCCAAUGGAGUUGGUGUCUUGUAUGACCUGCUCAGAUCUCCAUGGCUGCAGGCUCUUCUAAAGGUUUAUGAAUGCCUUCAUCUGUAUAUCAAAAGGAGACCGGUUUCACUCACACCACAGGCACAAGCACUGACCCAUGAGGUGGUGGAGUUAUUGCUUGGAGUCCAACAGUCCCUUGAGGUUAAAGAGCUGCGGCGACUUCUCUGAGGUUCCUAUUUCAAGGCCUUACUGUUGGCUCAUGAUACUGUGGCCCAGAAGGAUUAUGAACCAAUUCUUCCACCUCUGCCAGAUCACAUCUCUGAAAAUGAGGAGGCGAUGAGAAUUGUCUGUCUGGUGAAAAACAAGCAACCCCUGGGUGCCACUAUCAAACACCAUGAGCUAACAGGAGAUAUUACAGUCGCAAGAGUAAUCCAUGGUGGAUUGGCAGAUAGAAGUGGGUUGUUAUACGCUGGAGACAAACUGGUAGAAGUGAAUGGAGUUCCAGUGGAUGGACUUCAGCCAGAGCAAGUUAUCCAUAUUCUGACACUGUCCCAGGGAACUGUUAUGUUCAAACUGAUUCCAGUUUCCGAUCGACCAAUCAGCAAUCAAACAACGCUCUAUGUGCGAGCAAGCGAUUACUGGCCUCUUCAGGAUCUGGCCAUUCCAUGUGCUGAUGCAGGAUUGCCAUUUAAAAAGGGAGACAUUCUUCAAAUUGUGGACCAGAACGAUGCCGUCCGGUGGCAGGCAAGGAAAGUCUCAGACCUCAGUGCUUGUGCUGGACUCAUUCCUUCAAACCACCUUCUGAAGAGAGGUGUGCCUGGCACCUUCACUGUGCAGUUUUUGGCGAAUGCUAAAGACGUGCCUCUUUACCCUGGCCGAUGGCAUUUGAGAUACGAUGACCUGCCAAUUGAUGAGAAGUGUGUAGAAACAGAUGAGGAGACUUUUGAGUCUGAAGAGGAAGAAUUCAGUGGAUCUGGUCAGCAGGUCUUCAAUACUGGUUUCCGGAGAAGAAUGCGCCUGUACCGCCAAAAAUCCCAUAACCACCACCUGCUGUGCUAUACCUGGUGCCCCAGUGGCUGCUGCAGUGCUGUAGCAGCACCUUACGAAGAAGUGGUGAGAUACCAGAGACACCCUGGUGAUAGAAACAGAGUGAUUGUGCUAGUAGGUCCUUCAGGUGUUGGAGUGAAUGAGCUACGGUGGCGUCUCAUUGGUGUAAACCCUCAUCACUUUCAAAGUGCAGUGCCACAUACAACUCGUGCUCAAAAAAGCUAUGAAGAGAAUGGUCGGGAGUAUCACUAUGUAUCGAAGAAAACCUUUGAAAAUAUGGAGGAAGAUCUGCAGGAGAUGGAAGAGUCAGCUAAGAAAAUGGAAACUCUGUUUGGUCAGUUCUUUGAUCAGGUUAUUGUGAAUGACGAUUUACAGGAGGCUUGCAUGCAGCUACUGUCCACUGUGCACCAAGCACAGGAUGAACCUCAGUGGGUCCCAUCCAGAUGGAUAUGCUCAGAAAAUCAGCUGUAAUUCUCAGGCCUAGGCAGUUUAAGAAAGAUUAUAGUUCAUGCUUUACUGCAACAAUAAUAAAUGCUGGGAUUGCUAGAGAGAAUAUAUCAUUUUUUUCAAGGAAUUUAGAGAGGAUUAGUCAAAAAGCUAUUGCAAAAUGUAGUAUUUGUCUGGUGUGGCAUUCUUAAGCAUUGUACAUUCAGUAACAUUAAUUCUGUACCAAAAAUUGCUUCAUUAUAGUAUAAGAAUAUAAUUUGUUAAGAAAAAUAAAAGAAUAUAUUUUGUUGCA